UCCCCUUCCAAGACCUCAACUCUCUCUCUCUCUCUCUCUCUCUUCUGUGAAAGAAAGAAGGAGAUAACAAAAGGGCAAAAGGGUUAGUGGGUGUUGUUCCCAUUUCGAAGGAGGAAGUAAAACGCAUCUCUAUCUUCUUCAGCAUAUUCUUUCCCACCUUUGUUUUCUCCUGUUCUGAAGGCUGCUCAGGUUGGUGGUGGUAGCUGAGAUGCAGAAAGUUUGUUGGCCUUACUUCGAUCCCGACUUCGAGAACCUCCGCGAGAGGAUAUACGGCCCCACCUGCAGAGUUAGCAUUGACAACGAAAGCAUGGAAGAUUGCACAGUGAUCAAGGUCGACAGCGUAAACAAGCAAGGGCUGCUCCUGGAAAUGGUCCAGGUGUUGACCGACAUGAACCUGUCCAUCUCCAAGAGCUACAUUUCUUCUGAUGGGGGAUGGAACAUGGAUGUUUUUCACGUCAAAGAUGAGCAUGGAAACAAAAUCAGAGACCAGAGAGUCAUCGACUAUAUUCAGCAGGCCAUUGACACAACAAGGGAAACUCUAAGCUCAUCGUCACUGUCGUCACCGAAAGCCAAGGCCAAAGUAUAUACCAACAGCACUCUUCUGUCGUCCGACCAUUACAACGAGCACACGGCCAUCGAGAUGACGGGGACGGAUAGGCCCGGACUCUUCUCGGAGAUCUCGGCUGCCCUAGCUGACCUCCACUGCAACAUCAUCAAAGUUCAUGCGUGGAGCCACAACACCCGACUCGCCUGCGUUGCCUACGUUUCGGAUCAGCGCACUGACACCCCAAUCGAAGACCGGAGUCGGCUCGCCACCAUCGAAGACCACCUCACCAUGGUGCUCCGAGCACAACCAACGACCGGCUCUCAGAGGGCUACUCCACCAAACCAACAAGAAGUGAAGGCUUCUGAUCUUCAAGGCGGGGAAGGUACGAUGACGAACGUCGAGCGGCGGUUGCAUCAGCUUAUGCUCUCCGUGAGGGACUUCGACGAGCCAGCUUCCGAGUCUUCGAGCUCGCCGAUGAUGCCGAUGGGGUUGGGACCGGAUCGAAAUGGGCAAAAUCCAAGGAUUUCCAUUGAAGAAUGGAAUGAAAAAGGAUAUUCGGCAGUGAACAUCAAGUGCAAGGAUCGGCGUAGGCUCAUGUUCGACACCGUAUGCACUCUUACGGACAUGCAGUAUGUUAUAUUCCAUGCAUCAGCAUGUGCUCGGGCAGGUUAUGCAUAUCAGGAGUAUUUUAUCCGGCAUAUAGACGGCAGUGCAUUGAGCACAGAGGGCGAGAAAGAGCGCGUCAUGAAGUGCUUGGAGGCUGCUAUCGAGCGGCGAGUUUGUGAGGGGUUCAGGCUAGAAUUAUGUGCGAACAACAGAAUCGGGUUGCUCUCCGACAUAACAAGGGUUCUCCGCGAGAACGGACUAGCUGUGGUCCGAGCGGACGUGGAAACACAGGGAGAGAAGGCGGUGAAUGCGUUCUAUCUGAAGGACAUCUCGGGGAAUGAAGUCGACAUGGAGUUUGUGGAACGCAUAAAGAGAGAGAUGGGCCCCAUAAUGCUUGCCGUGAAGGACGAGACCAGGAGACAGAGCUCGUCCGAAAAGCCGACCAUGCCUUUCCCAUCCCUCGGAGGAUUUUUGAAAUCUCGGAUCGAACGACUGUCCCACAACUUUGUCACCAUCAAGUGAUACCAGAAAUUCGGAACGUAACUAGUUAUAAUUCUUUUCUCUAGGGUGUUCCACAAUCUAAUAGUCCUAGGAAGCUGUAAGUGAGGGGUAUACAAGAGUGCAAAACAGAAGAUUGCACAAUGUGUAAGAGGGCAAAGGUGCAGCUCCACCGGUGGAAACGGAAGAGAUGCUACAAGAUGACUCCGUUUCCGGCUUGUAAAUAAAGGAGAAACUGACAUGGUAGAACUGUAGGACCAGUUGCCAGAGAAGGCCUUUCUUUUGUGGAACAGAUUGUACAUGAAUAACCAGUGUUUUUGUUUACCUUGGAUUGUGAAUAAUCGAAGUCUUGAUCGGACAUUUAGGCAGUAAUUCUCGUCGGCUA